AUGGAAGAAAGGACACCUAAAAAAUUAAAGAUACUUGAAAAUGAAAAAGAAAUAAAUAAAGAAAAACCAUAUGAAUCAAAACAACAAAUUAAUGAGAAUGAUAUUUUAAAUUUUAAUGGGUUUGAUCAAUUACUUACAUUAAUUCAAAAUGAAGAAUCAAUUGAAAUUAAUAAUAAUAAUAAUAAUAAAAAUAAAAAUGAAAAUGAAAAUGAAGAUAAUGAUGAUGAAGAUGAAAGUAUUAAAGAAUCUGAAGCAAUACUAUUUAGUUUAAAAAAUAAUUUUGUAUAUAAACCUGUAAAUAUUAAGUCAAAUGAACAACAACAACAACAACCCAAAAUACAAAUACAGAAUAAUAAUAAUAAUAAUAAUAAUAAUAAUAAUAAUAAUAAUAAUAAUAAAAAUAAUAAUGAGAAAAAGAAUGAUAAUGAGAAAAAGAAUGAUAAUGAGAAUGACCAAGAAAAUAGUAAUAAAAAUAUUAAUGAUGAUUGUGAAACUUCAAAUAAAUUUAUUGACAAAAAUUAUAAACUAUCAACAUUUUUACAAAAAGCAAAUGACGAAUUGGAAAAGAACGAAGCCUUAAUACACUUUGAAAAGAGAAUAAUAGAACUUGAAAGUGAAAUAGAUGUAUUAAAAGAAAAGUUAGAAUCAAGGGAUAAUGAAAUUUUAGAUUUAAAUAGAAUGUUAAGUUCAAGGAAUAAAUUUUUAAAUUCAAUCCCAAGAGAGUUAUUACUAAAUUGGAUCGUUACCAAUAAAAUCGUGUUGGCAACUAGUGACACUAAUAAUCAUUUUAAUAAAGAUAAUCAAUAG